AUGUCGCAACAAGCUGUUUACGCCACAGAUGAGUAUGGACGACCUUUUAUCAUUGUACGCGAGCAGGCGAAAAAAUCACGAAGUCACGGCAAUGAGGCGAUCAAAUCACACAUCCUCGCCGCUAAAACGGUUGCAAAUAUUGUUCGCACAUCACUAGGGCCGAGAGGCCUCGACAAGAUUCUCAUCUCGCCUGAUGGGGACAUUACUGUCACUAACGAUGGAGCUACGAUCCUCGGCCAAAUGGAGGUUGAGCAUCAGAUCGCCAAAUUGCUUGUGCAGCUGUCUAAAUCACAGGAUGACGAAGUUGGUGACGGCACAACUGGCGUCGUUGUGCUUGCGGGAGCUUUGCUGGAACAAAGCGAGUCUCUCCUUGAUCGUGGUAUUCACCCGAUGCGUAUAGCCGAUGGGUUCGAGCGAGCCUGUGCUGUCGCCGUGGAGCAUUUGGAUAAGAUCUCCGAACGCGUAGAUUUCACAAGGGAUAGUACCAGCAAUCUAUUGAAGUCCGCGAUGACGAGCUUGGGCAGCAAAAUUGUAUCCAAAUCAAUUUCACAGUUCGCUCAGAUUGCGGUGGAUGCCGUUCUAUCAGUCGCGGACUUGGAGAGACGCGACGUCGACUUCGAGCUCAUCAAAAUUGAUAGCAAAGUGGGGGGAUCUCUCGAAGAUACUACUUUGGUGAAGGGAGUCGUUGUGGAUAAGGACUUUUCGCACCCUCAAAUGCCUCGAGUAGUCAAAGACGCUAAGAUCGCCAUCCUCACAUGCCCCUUCGAGCCUCCGAGGCCGAAAACAAAACACAAGCUUGACAUUACCUCCGUCGAAGAAUACCAAAAACUCCAAGCGUACGAAAAAGAGAAAUUUGCCCAGAUGAUCAAAAUGGUUAAAGAUACAGCGGCAAAUUUGGUGAUAUGCCAGUGGGGUUUUGAUGACGAGGCAAACCACCUGCUCAUGCAAAAUGAGCUACCUGCUGUGCGGUGGCUAAUAGCCAUUGCCACCAACGGUCGCAUCGUCCCACGGUUUGAAGACUUGUCGGCAGAUAAGCUGGGCCGGGCAGGAAUUGUCCGUGAAGUUUCAUUUGGCACUACCCGAGAUAAAAUGCUUGUGAUUGAAGAGUGUGCGAACACCAGAGCGGCCACAAUCUUCAUACGUGGCUCGAACAAGAUGAUAAUAGACGAAGCUAGGAGAUCGUUACACGAUGCACUUUGUGUCGUCCGCAAUCUAGUCGUUGACAAUCGAGUCGUGUUUGGAGGUGGGGCAGCUGAGAUAAGUUGCUCAGUGGCGGUGGCAAAAGCGGCAGAUCAGGUUUGUUGGUACGAUUCUAUUCCGAUCGUUCUCACAAUACGGCGUACAGAUCCCACUAUCGAGCAAUACGCCAUGCGUGCCUUCUCAGCAGCAUUAGAUGCGGUUCCACUAGCACUAGCGGAAAAUAGCGGUCUGCCCCCAAUCGAGACACUGACGGAUGUCAAAAGUCGACAAGUCACACAGAAGAACUCAAAACUUGGAGUAGACUGUGCAGGGAGAGGGGAAAAUGAUAUGAAACAACAACACGUGUACGAUCCUCUGAUAUCCAAGCGACAGCAAUUCUUGUUAGCAACCCAACUUGUUCGUGCAGUCCUGAAAAUCGAUGAUGUCAUAACCACUGGACGUGGGGAGGAAUAG